GCGGGGCGGCGCGCCGGGAGCCAGGAGCCCGGCCCUGCGCUCGGCUCAGCUCGCCUCACGGCGGGCGCCCUCGUCGCCAGCGGCGCACCAUGGACGGGCUGCCCGGUCCGGCGCUGGGGGCCGCUUGCCUCUUGCUGCUGGCGGCCGGCUGGCUGGGGCCGGAGGCCUGGGGGUCGCCCACGCCCCCGCUGUCGCCCGCCGUGCCGCCGCCGCCCCCGCCACCCGGAGGCCUCGGCGGCUUGCAGGACACCUGCACGUCGUGCGGCGGUUUCCGGCGGCCGGAGGAGCUGGGCCGGGUGGACGGCGACUUCCUGGAGGCGGUAAAGCGGCACAUCUUGAGCCGCUUGCAGAUGCGUGGCCGGCCUAACAUCACGCACGCCGUACCCAAGGCCGCCAUGGUCACGGCCCUGCGCAAGCUGCAUGCGGGCAAGGUGCGGGAGGACGGCCGCCUGGAGAUUCCUCACCUCGACGGCCAUGCCAGUCCGGGCGCCGACGGCCAGGAGCGCGUAUCCGAGAUCAUCAGCUUCGCCGAGACAGAUGGCCUCGCCUCCUCCCGGGUCCGCCUGUACUUUUUCAUCUCCAAUGAAGGCAACCAGAACCUGUUUGUGGUACAGGCCAGCCUGUGGCUCUACCUGAAGCUGCUGCCCUAUGUUCUGGAAAAGGGCAGUCGUCGGAAGGUGCGGGUCAAAGUGUACUUUCAGGAGCAGGGCCAUGGUGACCGGUGGAAUGUGGUAGAGAAGAAGGUGGACCUCAAGCGCAGUGGCUGGCACACCUUUCCACUCACUGAGGCCAUCCAGGCCUUAUUUGAGCGUGGAGAGCGGCGACUCAACCUGGAUGUGCAGUGUGACAGCUGCCAGGAGCUGGCUGUGGUGCCUGUGUUUGUGGACCCCAGUGAGGAAUCACACCGGCCCUUUGUAGUUGUACAGGCGAGGCUGGGGGACAGCAGGCACCGCAUUCGUAAACGAGGUCUGGAGUGCGAUGGCCGGACCAACCUCUGUUGCAGGCAACAGUUCUUCAUCGACUUCCGCCUCAUUGGCUGGAAUGACUGGAUCAUCGCACCCAUCGGCUACUACGGAAACUACUGCGAGGGCAGCUGCCCAGCCUACCUGGCGGGGGUCCCUGGCUCCGCUUCCUCUUUUCACACUGCUGUGGUGAACCAGUACCGCAUGCGGGGCCUGAACCCUGGCACAGUGAACUCCUGCUGCAUCCCCACCAAAUUGAGCACCAUGUCCAUGCUCUACUUUGAUGACGAGUACAACAUUGUCAAGCGGGAUGUACCCAACAUGAUUGUGGAGGAGUGUGGCUGCGCCUGACAGCGGCAAGGCUGUGGUGGUGGGGUGCGAGGUCAGUCCCUGGAGGGCUUCUUCCAGCCCCUGUGGGAAUGGGAUGUGAGGCUGGCUGGGUGCAGUCCUUCCAUUGGGCUGCCCAGAAGGUGCCAGGGGGCAGCCUGAAAUAUUUUCCUGCUACUUCAUGGAGCAAUCAGUCAAAGCAAGAGUGAGAACCCUCACCUGACAUGAAAUACUUUGACACACAUAUGCAGACAUGCACAGCGAGACGCAUCCUGCCACCCACACAGCAGCCUCCAGGAUACCAGCAAAUGGAUGCAGUGACAAAUGGCAGCUUAGCUCCAAAUGCCUGUCAGUUGGAGAGAAUGGGUUGAGCAGCCACCAUUCCCACCAGCUGGCCCGGCCACUCUGCAUCGCGCCUUCCGAGCACACAUAAAAGCACAAAGACACACACACACACACACACACUGCCCACAAGAGACUGAGAGACUGCACUAAGGAGACACACACACACACACACACACACACACACACACACACUGCCCACAAGAGACUGAGAGACUGCACUAAGGAGACAUACACACACACACACACACACACACACACACACUCUCUCUCUCUCUCUCUGCCCACAAGAGACUGAGAGACUGCACUAAGGAGCCAUGGAGAGGAAAAGCAGAUGCAGGGGUGGGGAGCAUGCAGGGGCAGGUGCGCUAGGAGUCCCGCCUUGCUGUGUCUCAGCAUCUCCUGGCUCAGAUGUGCUGGCUUCCUCCCCUGCCUGGGAUCCUGCAUGCUGCAGGACCAGGGAACCUGGCUCUUCCCACCCUUGUAGAGGGAAAGAGGCCCAGAAAGGACACAACCUGCUAAGACUGUGGAGCAGUGGCAAUGCCCCUUUGACUGUUGCUUGGGUCCCUGGUGGGACUUCUGUGUGUUUGUUUUUGGGGUGGGGUGGGAGGGAGAGGAGAAGGGUCCUAAUCUGAUGCUUUAACUGAUUAUUUAGCAUUUGACAGGUCAUUCCAGUUGUAGAAUUGAAAAAGGACUUUUCCACCAGGUAUGACCUUUCAGGUUAAAAUCUGAAUUGUUCUAAAUGGGAAAUAGAAAGGUUGCAAUCUGUGUCCUUCACUGUGGAUAUUCUUCUGGGACUGGUUGGGGAGGGAUGGAAAUGACGCCUAGGCAUGGGGAUGAGCCCAGAGGAGGAAAUAGUCAGAUGGAGGCAUUCUAGAAAUGCUGGGUGGAGGGUGGGGUGGGGGGAGUGUCCCCUCAGCAGGGGUGACAGAGGGGAGCAAUUUAGCUGGGCUUAGAGAGAUGGGGAAGGCUCUCAGCUGCUUUGCAUAAGUUGCCUGUGUGUGCCCCUGCCACUAGGGCCAGCCAAGGCCAUUGCCCUGCCUGCCCUCCCACACACCUGCCCCUCCUACCUUCCCCUCCUAGCACCUGCCAACAUGCCUGAAUGCACAUGAUAGAGCACUUGCCCAUCUGUGUGUGUCCAGAAGCGGCCCUUGGUAGAGCACUGAACUUGCUCACCCCUAGAAGUCCAAGUGCCACAUGAACUAUGCAAUUUAAAGGGUUGACCCACACCAGAUGAAACUGGACUCAUAUGACUCUUUUUAUAUUUUUUAUACUUGAAAUGAAAUCCUUUGCUUCUUUUUUAAGCGAAUGAUUGCUUUUAAUGUUUGCACUGAUUUAGUUGCAUGAUUAGUCAGAAACUGCCAUUUGAAAAAAGAAGUUAUUUUUAUAGCAGCAAAAAAAAAAAACCACAGUUAAAUGUAUUGUACAUAAUUUUGGAACCAAAGAGGCCAACAGAUCAGUUUAAAUUUUUAUUAGAUGAUGAGGCCAUCUUAUAUGAGGUAGACAUUCUGAACAAUCCCUUGAGUGGCCUGCCAAUGUUUCAGGGUACAAAUGGAUUUUGUUUAUUCAGUUUGAUGUGUCUUUUCUAUCCUUAUACACCCAGAAGGUAGAGUAAAAAUGAUUAUGGUAGAAUGCAGGUGUGUAUCCUUAAAUCCCCAUCUUUAUGUUUAUUUAAUAAAGCUCCCCUUAGGUUCUGUUUCAUAAUAAUUUAAAACCGAACAAUUUUCCCAUAGACUUGCUGUUAAAGUAUUUUACAUUUGUGUACAGUUUAAGAAAAUAAAAGAUUGAGUGCCAUG